AGGCGUGGCUUCAACCCGUGAACAAUCGUAAUGUAACACUUUACGUAAACAGUAAACAGUCUGAGAGUAUUGUUACAUUAAUGCAUUUAAAAAUAAUAGUCCAUCAGUCACAGGAAGUGACAUCAAAAUAUACGCUUCUUUGUCUGACGACCUUAUCCGGAGGAAGUGAAGCUUUGGACGGAGCAGCUGCCUGACUGGAGAAAAAAAAAAAAAAAAAAACUAAAAAAAAAAAAAAAAAGCUUAUAGAGAGAAACUUCGCUGGUUUGCAGGAAUUGGGACUGAUAGGUAAACUGAUCCAAACUGCACCGGUCCGGGUCGGGUCCUGAGGCGGAGAGGGAGCCGUUGUUACCGGGGGUUUUAAGACCUGGAUGGCUGCAUAACCAACUCAGCUUCACUCAUCUGUGGCAGACAUGAUGGAAGACUCUCAUUUCAAUUCAUCAUACUUCUGGUCUCCAAUCCCCACUGUGUCAGGACAGAUUGAGAAUGCUGUGUUCUUAAACAAGGUGAAAGAGCAACAGGAAAAGAAUGCUUCCUUCUCUUCAUCUUCUGCAUCACACUACCAAACAGCUCUCCUCACCAUCCCCACUCCUGGGACCAAGACAGAUGGAGGAGGGCAGGUUGGGAGUGUGGCGCACCUUCACCCUCCUCACACCACACAGAACAUGCUGCAUGUCCCCUCCACGGGCAUCAUGACAGCAGCUGGUCUGGUCAUCACAACUCCUCAGGGGACAUUAAUGUCACCCACCUCGUCGCAGUCAUUUGUCUCUGGUCACCCAGCAACAACCAUGAUAGUUUCAGCACUCAAUUCUACAGAAAGAAAAGGAGACGGGACGCCCCAUGUGGUUGUGAUGCCGGCGCCCUCCAAGCGAGGAAGAAAGAAGAAGACGACACUAACCACGGUGGGUGCGAUGGGAGGAACAGGAAAUGAAACGCUAAUACUGGCUCAUCUGACAGCCAGCGGACAGGUGACUCCUUUGCAGCAUCACACUGGUGAUCCAUACGACCUGUCAAAUGAGGAGGAAGACCAAGGCCCAAAAGAUAGCACUAAGACAUACAGGUGCCGGAUGUGUGCGGCGACCUUCCUCAGUAAGUCUGACAUGCAGAUCCACUCCAAGUCGCACACAGAGGCCAAACCUCACAAGUGUCCUCACUGCGCCAAGUCAUUCGCCAACUCCAGCUACCUGGCCCAGCACAUCCGCAUCCACAGUGGGGCCAAGCCUUACACCUGCUCCUACUGCCAGAAAUCUUUCAGGCAGCUCAGUCACUUACAGCAGCACACACGGAACCACACAGAGUCCAAGCCUCACAAGUGUCCUCAUUGUACCAAGUCAUUUGCGAACUCCAGCUAUCUGGCCCAGCACAUCCGCAUCCACACUGGAGUGAAACCGUACACCUGCUCGUACUGCCAGAAGAGUUUCAGACAGCUCAGUCACCUUCAGCAGCACAACAGGAUUCACACAGGAGAUCGACCGUACAAGUGCAGCCAUCCAGGCUGUGAGAAAGCCUUCACACAGCUUUCCAAUUUACAGUCUCAUCGGCGUCAACACAACAAGGAUAAGCCCUUCAAGUGCACCAACUGCAACAAAGGAUAUGUGGAUUCGGCAAGCCUGGAGGUGCACAUGUCUUCACACACAGUCAAACACGCAAGGAUCUACUCCUGUGGACUCUGCAACCGCACUUAUACCUCAGAGACGUAUCUGGUGAAACACAUGGAGAAACACAACCCAGACCAGUUGACUGCACACCCGACACAACAGAACCAAGGCCAGGCCCAGAUUCAGACUGGUGCGCAGGGCCAGGUAGAGAGCGCAGAAGGAGGAUUAAGCCAACCAGGGGGAGCUAGGAGUGAAGGAUCUGGUGGAGGCGGAGGACAGAGUCAGAGCAACUACCCCCAGACAGAAACCAUCUCCAGUCCAUAUGACCUGCACCAGUAUAAAACAGUCUCUGCCAGUGACAUCCAGUACAAACCAGUCAGUAUAGCGGACAUUACUUCCCACAAGGACCUCUGUCUCACUGUGUCAGCAUCCACCAUUCAAGUGGAGCAUCUCAACCCUUAAAAAUGAUUGGUUUGGAGAAGUUGAAUUUGAAUCCUAAAUAUGAGUUAAAGGAUAUAAGCAAUAACAAAAUGAAAAAAGAACUUUAAAAGACAAAUGACUGUGCCUGAACAAUGGUUUGAGUCUGACAGGAAAAACAAUAUGGUGACAGUUUACUGAAGAUUAUACUUUUGUUUUACUUUUUCUAUGUUUUUCUGCCUUGUCCUCUGUUUCAUAGCUGUUCCUGUCUGAGUCGAAAAUGUGUAAAAAGACUGCAAUAAAAUAUCUUUCAGUCCAUCACAGUGAUGGUUUUAUGAUAGGGAAGAGACUCAAAGAGAAAAUGGUUCUCUUUAUUGUUUUAUCCCUCACUGCUCUUCCAAAUACUCUGGCCAUGUCGGUUUAUGGCCUUUCUGUUGAAGAAAAUUGGCAGUUGACUGUGAAGGUAAAUUUUUAUACUUUUGUACAGAGAGGUUUUUUUUUUCUUUUUACACAAGUGUUAAAAACUCUGCAAUGUUGUAAAAUAUAUGCCUGCAAUUAAUACUUUUUAAACCUAAAAAGGGACAUCAAUGUUAUUUCCUUUUUUAGAAAAGAAAAAAAUAUCACAGUAGUAUAUCCAGUAAUAUACUACAAGUAUAUCAUGUCUGAUUAUUCAUUUAAAGGAUGAGGUAAUCCAUGUAACCUAUUCAGACCUAUUCUCUGACAUUCACAUGACCCUUGAGGGGAAUGAUAAAUUGCUUCAUGUUUCGUGUUAUCCUGUUGUACUGCUUUGUGUGUAUGUCUAAAAAAAUGAUAUCCAAAUGUGUUUUUGCUAUUAUACUUCCACAGUGACAUUCGUAUAAUACUUCUCAACGCACAUACCACAUGCCUGUUUUGCUUUGUUUGCCUCCUUUUUUUUCAGCUGAAAAUACAAUAAACCCUCAGAAAUGUC